UUCAUCAGUAUGUCUGAAACCAUUAAAUAUAAUGACGAUGAUCACAAAACUGUGUUCCUGAAAACAUUAAAUGAACAACGUUUGGAAGGAGAAUUUUGUGACAUAGCUAUCGUGGUUGAAGAUGUUAAAUUCCGAGCACACAGAUGCGUGCUUGCUGCCUGCAGUACCUACUUCAAAAAGCUUUUCAAAAAACUGGAAGUUGACAGUUCAUCAGUAAUAGAAAUAGAUUUUCUUCGUUCUGACAUUUUUGAGGAAGUUCUCAAUUACAUGUAUACUGCAAAGAUUUCUGUUAAGAAGGAGGAUGUAAAUUUGAUGAUGUCUUCUGGCCAGAUUCUUGGUAUUCGAUUUCUGGAUAAACUCUGCACUCAAAAACGUGAUGUAUCUAGUCCUGAAGAGAACACGCAGUCCAAGAGCAAGUACUGUCUAAAAAUAAACCGUCCUAUGGGGGAACCUAAUGAUACCCAAGAUGACGAGGUGGAAGAAAUUGGAGAUCAUGACGACAGUCCAUCGGAUGUGACAGUGGAAGGAACUCCCCCAAGUCAGGAAGAUGGAAAAUCACCUACCACUACCCUGAGAGUGCAAGAGGCAAUCCUGAAAGAGUUGGGAAGUGAAGAGGUUCGAAAAGUCAACUGCUAUGGCCAAGAAGUAGAGCCCAUGGAAACAACCGAAUCAAAAGACUUGGGAUCUCAGACCCCUCAGGCUUUGACGUUUAAUGAUGGCAUAAGUGAAGUGAAAGAUGAACAGACACCAGGUUGGACCACAGCAGCUGGAGAUAUGAAGUUUGAGUAUUUGCUUUACGGUCACAGGGAACACAUUGUAUGUCAGGCUUGUGGUAAGACCUUUUCUGAUGAAGCGCGAUUGAGAAAACAUGAAAAGCUACACACUGCUGAUAGACCAUUUGUUUGUGAAAUGUGUACAAAGGGCUUUACCACACAAGCUCAUUUGAAAGAGCACCUGAAAAUACAUACUGGUUACAAGCCUUACAGUUGUGAGGUAUGUGGAAAGUCUUUUAUUCGUGCACCAGAUCUAAAAAAGCACGAAAGAGUUCACAGUAAUGAGAGGCCAUUUGCAUGCCAUAUGUGUGAUAAAGCUUUCAAGCACAAGUCCCACCUAAAAGACCAUGAAAGAAGACACCGAGGAGAGAAACCUUUUGUCUGCAGUUCCUGCACUAAAGCAUUUGCUAAAGCAUCUGAUCUAAAAAGGCAUGAGAACAAUAUGCACAGUGAAAGAAAACAAGUUACGACAGCCAAUUCCAUCCAGAGUGAAACGGAACAGUUACAGGCAGCAGCUAUGGCUGCUGAAGCAGAGCAGCAGUUAGAAACUAUAGCUUGCAGUUAAAAGCUAAA